CGUAAUCCUGUGCGUAGCGCCGCUCGUCUCACUGUCUGGGGUGGUCGAACUGCCCUCGGCUCCGGCUGGGAGGCUCCGGAGUUUGUAGCGGGGACGGGCCCGCUUCUCCCCCGCCCCGGCCCCCGGAAGAGAGGAGCGAGCCCCCCGCCCCCCGCGACCAGGAGAGGGGCUGCUGCAAGGAGAGGAGGAGGAGGCGGCGGCGGCGGCGCGUUGCCUCCCUCCCUCCCCUGCUCCUCUGCUCGCCCCGGGCGCAGCUGGGCUUAGCCCUGGCAGCUCGCUCACGGGUUGUGCUGAAGGAAAGUGGGGGGUCAACAAUCUCCCCCUUCCCCCCCCCCAGCUAGGGUGACCAGAUGUUCCCAUAUUAGGGACUUUGCCUUAUAACACGCAGCUAUCACCACCCCCCCCCCCGAAAAGUGUCCCGAUUUUUUCUCACUUGCUGUCUGGGCAGCCCCAAGCCGCCUGUUUGUGGCGGCUGAAUUCGUGGGCCGAGGUGCAGCCUCCUUGCGCCUCCACCCUUUCCCAGGGCUGCCAUUGCCUAUACUAAUCCACACGCAGCAUUUGUGAGGGAGGAGAGCCCCUCGGCAUGGGCAUCUGGGCUCGAGUGGGUGUCUUGGGCACCCUGGCUUUCUGUGUGCACCAGAAGAGGGUAGCCCUGGGUGAGCUGAGAAGGGACAAAACUCAAGACAGCGGCGAUCGCCAUCAGCUGGAGCUGAAGCUGGUCCAGGUCAUAUUUCGGCAUGGAGCCCGCACUCCUUUAAGACCUAUCCCGAAACCAGAGCAGGUGGAGUGGCAUCCAACUCUGUUAGAAGUCCCUGCUCAAACCCAGUUUGAUUACACAGUAACUGACCUCUCUGGUGGGCCAAAACCCCACUCCCCUUAUGAAGAUCAAUACAAAAAGACCACACUGAAGGGUGGUGUCAUUGCUGGGCAGCUGACAAGAGUGGGGAUGCAGCAGAUGUUUGAACUCGGGGAAAGGCUGAGGAGAAGCUACGUGGAGAAGAUCAACUUUCUAUCUCCGGUGUUCAAACCUUCUGAGGUCUUCAUCCGUUCCACUAAUAUUGUUCGCAAUCUGGAGUCCACGCGGUGUCUGCUGGCUGGGCUGUUCCAACAGCAUAAAGAAGGACCCAUCGCUAUUGUCACUGAUGAAGCAAGUACUGAAAUCCUCUACCCCAAUUAUCAGAACUGCCGGCGCCUGAAGCAUUUGAACAGGGGUAAAAUGGAAAGUGUCUUGUUGCAGCCGGGCAUCUCUGAUGAUCUGAAGAUGAUUCGAGAGGAGAUGGGGAUCGACAGUGAGAAGUCGGUGGAUUUUUUUCUUCUACUUGACAACAUCGUCGCUGAGCAAGUACAUGACAUGCCCAGCUGCCUCGUGCUGAAGAACUUCCUGAAAACGAUUGAGCGUCGAUCUAUCGACUCAAUGAUUUACAUUCUGGGACACAAUUCAAGAGAGGUUCUCCAGAUGUGUGUUGGUCCUCUUCUCUAUGCAGUACAUGAGAAUAUAAUGAAAGCAAUGGAUCCAUCAUCUCCUGCUACAAAGGCCAGAAAGCUCAUUCUCUAUGCUGCUCAUGACGUUACCCUCAUCCCUCUGUUGAUGGCACUGGGGACCUUUGAUCACAAGUGGCCACCCUAUGCCGCAGAUGUGACAGUGGAACUGUAUCAGCAUCACCAGUCCGAAGAAUGGUUUGUACAUCUGUCUUACAAUGGAGAGGAACAAUUGGUGAGAGGAUGCAGAGCAGCUCUCUGCCCACUGGAGGAAUUUCUAAAUGCUCUAUCCCACUAUGCUAUAAAUCCAGAGAAGUACAGUGUCCUUUGCUCCCAGAUGAACUAGCAAACUAAUUCAUAAGUAGUAUUAAAAUAAAUCUUGGUUUCCGGCCUACAA